AUGGCUGAUAAAGAUUUGAAGAGGAAGAAAAAGAAAACAUUGACUGAUGACGGGACACCAACUCCGAAGGACGAGGAUAGAAGAGUAAGUAUUUUUGAGAUUUUUUGGAAAUUUUGGUUACGGUUGUUAAGUUUUACGAUGGAUAUUUAAACUUGUACUUCAAGACUGCGGGUGUCAAUUUAUACGAUGAGAAGUAUCUUUUGCUAGCUUUAUUGUUAUUUUUACGUUACAGGCGAAAUCAAGAUUAAAUGCGCCUACACGCUCUUCAAAUGAGCCGUUAAAGUCAAUGUACCUAGACGCUCUUUUGGAAGGAACUUCACCCAAAUCUACAGAUCUUACCGGUAGCCCAAGCUCUCCAAAUACGCCUCCUACUGGCGGUUCAAAGCCUUCAAGUACACCUCCUACUGCCGGUUCAAAGCCUUCAAGUACACUUCCUACCGUAAGCCCAACGGCUGCAAGUCCAGCUGCGAAAGAAAGCCCGAAGUCUACUACUCCAACUGAAAGCCCAAAAGCUGCAAGUCCAGCUGCAGUAGAAAGCCCGAAGACUACAGCGCCAUCUCCAACUGAAAGCCCAAAAGGUGCGAGUCCAGCUCAAGUAGAAAGCCCGAAGAAUAAAGCACCAGCUGCAGUAGAAAGCCCAAAAACUACAGGUAAAGCCUCAAUUUUCAUUCCAAAGUCUACGUACAUACUUCCACCCAACGGCCCAAAAUCAGCGCAUUUGGGUCUAAUUGACAAUCCUAAAUAUACAGCUCCGAAAGAAGGCCCAAAGUCUGUACAUGUAGCGCUGAACGCCGCUCCAAAAUCAGUCAGAGUCGAUGAUAAACCGACUAAAUCCAUUGUUUCUAUUCCAGACGCGAAACAGAAGCCGAAGGAAAAGCCGAAAAAUACAUCAGCUUACAUGGAUGAAGUUCUUCAGCCACCCAAAGUUGAAACUCUUACGGUUACGUUUGAUUAUGAACCCGGAGACACGGUGAGUUUAGUGAAAAGUACUAUGUGUAGUCGAAGUCAUCAAGGAAAGUACAAGACCUGCUUCGCUCUGAUUGACUUCAAACUGUUUAUACAGAAAGAUCAUGUAAAUAUAAGACCUUCAGUAAAGUACUAAAUUGCACUUUUCAGUCAAUUUCAAGAAAAUCGAGAUUAAAUAUACGUUUUGAAUUUCUCGCCAAUUUGACAUAGUGUUUCAAGCUUGUAACUUUGCCAUUUUUUGAGUUUUAUGAAUUUUUCUUUGAUAUACUGGUAGAAAAUUUUUAAAUGAAUCUACAUUUUUAAAUUUGUAAGCCUAGUUUGUCUGUAAAGUCGAAAAAACUGCUUGAAACACAAUGCCAAUUUGGCGGGAAAUUCAAAACGUAAUUUUUUGAUCUCGAUUUUCUCGAUAUUGAUUGAAAAGCGCGAUUAGUACUUUGCUGAAGAUCUUAUAUUAAAAUGAUCUUUCUAUAUAAAAAGUUUGAAGUCAAUCAGAGCGAAGCAGGUCGGGCCCUUUCCUUGUAAGAUAGCAGAAAAGUUUUGUCGUUUUUUAACAGCACGUUAAAUUGCGACCAGACUUUUGCGGCCUGGGUAUGGCCGUUUUUUGUUUUAAACGCUAGUUGACUGUAUAUCUGAUUUUAGCUGGGCCUGGAAGUGACGGAACGAUUAAAAGUGGUAAACGUUGACAAACGACCGGGUCACUCACCUCUUUGGGGCAAACUGAAAGCUUACGACAAGAUAUUGCAAGUCAACAAGAAAAAGGUAAGUUUUUGUUUAUGGAACUACCGUUUAAAAAAUUUGUUUGACUAUACAGUAGGCUUCUGUAUAACGAAUCGCUUGAGGAUUUAAAAUUUGCUUGUUGUAAAGGUUGUUUUGGUAUAGAGAAGUUCGUUAUACAGAAGUUUGUUGUAAUACAGUUCGUUAUAUAGGAUUUUUACUGUACUAGUCUUCUUGUACGUUCGUUUUAGGUACAAACAAAAGAUGAAUUAGUGCAAUCAUUACCGCGAACUUCAUCAACUGUAAAGUUGAUAGUUGAAAGGUACAUUAGAGUAAGUGAGUUAACGCCUCUCCGAAGAGCAUACCAUCAAACGGACAAGUUAUACCCGGUAAGCUUGUUAUAUCCUACCUUGGCUUUGGUUUGGCUUGGCUUUGCUUUAUCCUUGUCCACUUGAUCUAGCUUUGCCCGGCUUGAGUCUUAGUUUGGCAUUAGCGUUGUUCUAGCUCUACCUUAGCUUUGCUCUAUCCACGCUUGGUUUUGCUUAAGCUGAGCUUUGGUCUUGACUUGGCCUUGUUCCAGCGCCGGUGUAGUCCUUACUUGGUCUUCUCUAGCUCUGGUCUAGUCCAGCCUUGGCCUUGCUUUGGCUGGGCUUUAGUCUUGACUUGACCCUGUCCCAGCUCUUGUUUUGCCUUUACCUGGUAUUGUCUUAGCUUUGGUCUAGUCUUGCCCUGACCAUGCCCUAGGGCUAUGCUCUAGUUUUGCUUUGGCUUGAUCCUAGCUCUAGUUUAGUUCUGCCCUUGCUCUGCUCUAGUUUUGUUUUAGCCCGUACUUCAUUCUGUUUUGGCCUUACUUUAGCCCUGUUUUAACUUUGCUCUACCUUGUCUUUGCUCUGGACAUUGCCUACGCAAUAGAAAAAAUAAUUUGUUGAAUUUUCAGCUCGACGCCUGUUUGACAGUGUUUCUUUUGCAAAGCAAAAAUGGUCGAUUAGGGUUGAAAUUUGGAAUAACAAAAAGUUUGUUGGUAGUGAUGGGUGUGGUAGAAGAUUCGCCUUGUGAGUAAUUUUUUCGAUAUUUAUCAUUGUUUGCCAUUUUUUUCAAAACUUUAUGAAAUUUUAUUUUUUAAAUUUUUUAAAAAUAAUUUUAAAAAAUUUUUUUAAAAAAUGUCUUAAAAUUUAAAAAUUUUUCAGCCAGUGGCGUCUUGGAAGCGGGCGAUAUAAUUUUGGACAUUCACGGCGUAAAAUGUGACAAUGCGGAGAAAGCGAAGAAAGCGUUGAGUAGCGCGAUGAAGCAGUACAAAAUGAUAUCACUGGCGGUUGUUCGCCCGUUGACUGUAGAAACGCUGAAAAAAGCCCAGCCGAAUAUUGACGAAUCUGAAGAGAAAACGAAAGCUGAUGCCAUGCUGAUUGGACGAGCUGAGGCUUUGAACCGCCGAUUGAAGGAGCCGAAGGUUGGCAAAGGGAUCUUGGUUAAGGUAGGGUUGAUGGUUCUUUAUUUUAUGAUUUUUUUGAUUCAUUCAAGGACGUCGCUACGGAUUUUCUCUGGGGGGGCGAUAAAAAAUGUUGUCUGCAGUUACCUGUGGACCAAUUUAAAAAAAAAAUUUUUUUUUGCGUUUAGGUACCACCUACCUGUGGAAUUUUUUUUUGGAUCGACAAUGGGGGGUUGGGUACCCCCCUCCCCCUCUACCCCUUCCCCUAAACGACGUCUCUGGGUUUAUCUUACUUUUUUUAUUUUUUUUGUUUAUCUUAUCCUACCUUCACUCCUACCACUAACUCCACUUUUUCCAGCGUUCUGCGAAGACAAAGAACCGAGCUACUGUGAAUACAAGCCCCAAUGUACUGGAUGUUCAUACGGAUACUGAGAAGGAAGAAAUACCCAAUUUACAUUCGGUCAAAGAGAUGAAUGACGACACUAGAAUGCCGAAGCAAAAAAACAAAACGGAAUUACUUAACGAAAAGAUCUUUGCCGAGUACUAA